AUGAUUGUUAUGGGCCUAGCAGAAGCUAAGCAAUCUUUUAGUGUCAGAGUCUCCUCCUCAGAGCAGACUGCUGACUGCAGAAUCAGAAUAGAAUCGCUCGACUCCUCAGUACAGGACAGGACGGGACCGACGGGACUCAGCAGUCAGCAGGAACAACAAGCACGGCCGCCUUUAACCACGGCCUCCUUUAACCGGUGCGCCACACGGAUAUCAGGUCUGAGUAUCCAAGAUACGUGCCUGAUGCCACCAACUGAGCAUGAUGGGGCAGCCAAAGUCCACACCCCCAGGAAAACAAGUAGGAGAAACUCAAAAGGAAGAGUAAAGAUUGGACACUUUUGCAUUGCCCAGAUGAAGGUUUGCAGGAAUAAUUUAACGGAUCUAGUUAGUGUAAUUUAUCAUCCGACACAUAGCCACGUGUGCAGUCCCCAGGACUACCUUCACCAUCCCUUACCUCAAGAUUUAAGCUCAUUUAUAAAUUGUCAGCUAGGAGAAGAAGUUUCUCCUUCCAAGAUCUUUAAUAAAGUCAAAAACAUAAAUAUUGACAAGAGUAGAGAUGUGCAGACACAAAAAGUGAACAUUCUCACCAAGAAAAGAAUCAGGGAGAGAGCACGAAGGCAACGGAUGGCACAAAGACUCCAUGAAGAUGACGCAAAAUCUGUCUACUUAAUGGCCAGUGAAAUGGUAUCUAAAGAAAACUCGGUCGUCAUUUAUAAGCCUUAUGGAGCAGAUGUGGUGUAUGGCCCAGAAGAUGUCAACAACCUCCCUUACUCAAUGGAAAUUUUCAUGUUUGGCUUCCAAACUCCCAGACAAUUACAGUUGAUGAAAGACCAUUGCAACAAAAUUUUAAUCGUAGACGAAACUCAUGGAACCAACCAGUAUUCCUAUAAGUUGCUGACAUGCAUGGUAGUUGAUGACAACAGAAGAGGCUGGCCAGUAGCCCAUUUGGUUACAAACAAAUCAGAUGCUGCCACACUACAAUUUUUCUUUAAGGGUCUUAGUGAAAGAAUUGAAGAUCCAAGUCGCAUCAAUUGUGUCAUUACUGAUGAUGACAGUGCCAUUAUCAAUGGCAUUGAAGCAGGUUUUUCUUCUCCUAUGCGCCACCUACUAUGCCGUUGGCAUGUAAUUAAAAACUUAAAGGAUAAUGUAAGAACCAAAGUCCCUAAAGAUCUGUUUGAGGAUGUAUUUAGUGAAAUAAGAGUUCUAAUGAACAUUGAAGACCUCAAUAUGUUUGAAGAUUUGUGUGAAGGGUUCUUAAAAAAGUACGAAGAAAAAGAUAAAACUGCAAAGUUCAUAACUUAUUUCAGACAGCACUAUCUGAACCGAACAGAAAAAUGGGCAAUGUGCCACCGGAACUUCCCCCAUGCUCAGGUAAACACAACAGGUCAUGUAGAGUCCUUCCAUAAUAAGUUUAAAAAAAUGUACCUCAAAAGGAGAGUUAACAAAAGGUUGGAUGACCUCAUAACAAUGCUGCGCAACCUAGAAUGGGAAGACCAUUGUAACCGCCAACGAGAAGCUUUGGUGGGAUUUUCACCAAUCCCUCAACAUAUUGGGGAACGCCACCAGAAGUCACUGGCUAUACCUGAUGAAGCCUUGGUGGAAAUCUUGGCCAAUACAUGGGAAAUAAAAUCCCAGACAAAAGAAAGCGAAGUUGCACUCAAGUACAGUGUGAUGGCCUCUGCUCACAUUUAUAUACUUGUACUUGCCCUGACCAGCAUUCACUGUGCAAACAUAUACACAAAUUGCAUUCCUAUCUUCGUAGAGGAAAAGCCUUCUCCACAACUUUUUGUAGCUUUGAAGAGAGUUUUCAACCAAUUGAAGAUCAGGCUGAUCUAG